AUUUUUCUUACUAUUAUUGUAUUAAUUACAACCUUUUAGAGAGUUCAUACAUUAUCUCAUGAAUAUAAACUGUGAAGUGAAACAGCAGAAUAUGUAAUAACGUAAUAAUUUAAUACAGAAAAUCAUUGUUGCUUGUCUUAAAGUAAUUCGAAAAUUGUUGUGACAAAAAAUAUAAAGAAUACACAAGAAGCGACAUAAAAGAGACACAAGAAGAUAAGUGAUAGACAAGCAAUUAUUCGGUUAAUCUUCCCAAGUAUUAACGCUGAGCUUAAAAUAGCUGAGAAAAUGAGUACAAAUAACAGCAAUAAUGAAAACAACGAAAAAUCAAUUAAUGAUAACUUAUCAUCAUCAGUACCCAAAACAACCAAUACAAAUGUAACGAGUCGCAAGAAAGUCACGAAAAAGCCUUCAAGAAAUGGCCAACAACCAAAUUUGAAUUCAAGUUACGAGCAUCAUUUAGAAAAGUGGCUUGAAAACGCAUCGAAAAUGAAUUUUGACUAUAAUAAUUUCGAUGGUAACUGGCCGAUAAUGAACUCUAGUAGUGGUGCAACGAACCGUAAAGGCAACCACCUACAGUAUAGCUCGGCUGAUCCCAUUUCGUUACCACAGCACAUUAAUUUAGAUUCAAGUCCAUCCAUAUCAGCCUUUAUGAAUUUCAAUACACAAUUCCGACAACAAUAUCCACAUUUGAUACAACGUCAACAGUCUGCCUCGCCAAUCAGCAAUGAUCCGCUCACAUCACUCAGUACUCAACCUGAUUUCUAUAGUCUUCCAACAUUUGGCUCAACAAAAAUCGACAAAAUUCCGUCCACCGAUCAAGAAAAGCUCAAUGAUGUCAUUAAUCAAUCAAAACGUUUUAAUGAUUUACUGAUCGACGACACACCUCAUAGUAAUAUGAAUAGCACACGUCCAAAUGAAUCUAGUGCGGAAGAUGAUUUAGACGAGGAAGGACAAACGGAUGAGGAUAAUGACAAGCAACAGAAAUUAGAAAAUGGUGCAAGUAGCAAUGACUUGAACAAUCGAAAUAUUUUCCGAACGUUACUCAAGCAAAUCCACCUUUUACACGAAACAAAUUCCAAAUUAUUUCGAAGUUUACAUGAGACAAAAGUUGAAAUGGAAGCACUAAAAUAUUCACCAAGUUGGAAUUUGAGACACCGUAGAGAUAGCGUGAGUGGCUUGAGUGUUCAUAGUCAACCAUUUGGUUAUGCUGCUGGAAUCGCAAGUCCAGCACCCACAUACCAUUCGCAAGGUGGAAAUUACACGCCUGGUAUCGUCACUGACUUAAUUCGAGAGGUACGAGACGCGGGAAGAGUUCGAGAUGAGUCGCUAAUGAAUCGUGUGAAAGCCUUAAUUGAAGAAAAGUCAUGGUCGCAUAAUGAGACAAACAUGAGAGUAUUGCGUGAGCUCGAAGAAGUAAAAGUUCACUUGCACAAUGUUAAAUUGGAACGUCAAACAACGAACGAAAGACUUUUAAAGCUGGAGGACGAAGUGAGAACGAUGAAAGCAUUCCUAGGUGUAAACAAUAAUCCAUUCCAACAAUACUCACAUUUUACAACACCGCCAAAUAAUUCCAAUCUUGCCAUUAAUGAUCAAACUAAACGAAAUAGUAAUUUGAGCUUAAAUUAUGGUGUAAUUAAUAGUACAGGUGAUAAUUUCCAAUUUGAUGAUCAGCCAUCAAAUUUCCAUCAACAUCGACAUCCAUCACCGCCAAAACGACACGAUACAUCGUUGAAUGAAAAUGAUGAAGAUUCUUUUGAUAAAUCGCACGUAAUUCAAUUAGAAAAGGACACGCUUAAGUUAAGACGAGAUUUGCAAGAUGCUAUUGCAAGCAAGAAGCACGCAGAGAGUAGAAUUAUAGCUCUAGAACAUAUGGUAACAUCAUUAAAAUCUCCAUCCCAGCAAACUAACACACAUCAUCAUCCCACAACAAAAAAUAAUACAAAUAAUAGCGCUAAUAAAAAUUCAUUGCAAUCAGAAUUUCAUCAGCCUCAACAGCACCAACUUCAGAUCCAAAUAAAUGGUGGUGAUGUCAAGCGAAAGAUAAGCACCAUUGAGCAUUCUCAGCCAAAAAAUGGAAGUGUAACGACAACGCAAACGGUUACUAAAUUAUUGUCACCUCCAAAAAGUGUAAAAGCAACGCAAGUUACAUUAUCGACAUCGGGGCCUAUUACAGAUCUUUGAGAAUCACGGAAAAUUUCAUGUUAUUAAUACAAGUGCCAUUUCAUAUAACUCUUGUGGAUGAAAAGAAACUAUUUCUAAAAAGAUUAACAACUAUUUUUUAUAUAUAACUCGCAUUAUUAGGACCUGCAAAGAGUUUAUUUAUAUACUAGAUACUGAAGAUAAUAAUAGACAUAAUGAUGACGAGCUUACUUUACUCAGCAAUAAUAAUGAUAGAUUGGUGGAAUUGAGAAAUUUGAAAGUUGAGAUAUUUUUGAUAUAAACUAGUGAAAUUAUUGUCUUAUGAUGUUGUUUCAGCAUUUUUGGAUCAUU